AUGCGCAACCUAGGCACAGCGCUGGUAGCAGCUCUCGCCUCACUCCUCCUAGCAACCCCAACAACAUGCGCCAAACCAAACCAACCACCAGGCAAAGGAGCAAUCCUCCUCUCCAACGUCCAAGCAUUAACCCUCCGAACAAAUCGCAUGACCACAUCUCGCCGCGUCUCCGCCGCCCCUCAACUAAAAUGUAUCGGCCACGAGAAGAUCUGCAAACUAUACGAGAUCGAAACAAUGCGCUGCAAAAACGAAGGCUAUGAUUACGACGAGGAAGAUAUCCAGUGGACAUGUACCGCGUCCCUCCCUUCUGAAUUCAAACUCGGUUCUACAGAUGUUAUCUGUGAGGGGUAUCGGAAUUCCGAUGAUCCUUGGGUAUUGAAGGGGAGUUGUGGUGUUGAGUAUCGGAUGCUAUUGACGGAUGAGGGUGAGGAGAGAUUUGGGAAGGAUGUUUAUCGCGGUUCUGAUUCGAAUAAGACUACAACUAUGGUCUCGAUUGUGUUUUGGGUGCUUUUUAUUGGCGUUUUUGUUUUCAUCGUUGCUGCGGCUUGUUGGGGUGAUACGCCGAUACCUAGAGAGCCGCGACGACGACGACGAUGGGGAUGGGGAGGUGGUGGUGGAGGGGACGAUGGGUUCUAUCCAGGGGGACCACCGCCACCUUACAGUAGUAGUGACUGUUCUUCUGGAUCGCAGAGUCAAGGAUGGAGACCUGGUUUUUGGUCUGGUCUUGGGGCUGGUGGGGCGGCGGGAUAUCAGAUGGGACGGAACAGUGCCCGUCGCUCGAGUCAGCGAGAUUCUUCGAGGUUUAGUGAUUCUGGAGAAGGGAGUUCGCGACGUGCAGCGACGCCGCAAUUCUCGACGACUACGUCGGGGACAGGGUUUGGAUCUACUCGGCGCAGAUAG